AGAAGUUAUACUUAAAAUUUAAAAGGAAGUAAACUCUAAAUUUGUUCCUACAUAAAUUUACUGUAUAUUUCAACCAAAAUAAUAAUAUGGAAAAACAAAAAUACUGAGUUUUUUCUUUUCUUUUUGAAGUAGAACCACCACAGUUAUGAUGAGGAUGGCUCUGAAGACUGAAGAGGUCAUGGUGGUGAGCCACUGAGGCUGAGCUGAAAAGACAAACUUUAUAAAAAUGCGUCUUUCAGAAGAUAUGUAUUAAUAAUAGUGAACAAAAAAAAAUUUAUCAAAAGGAGGAUAUGUAUUAGAAAUCAAUAUUAUCCAAACACAUUAAUUUCCUUAAAAAGGGACUCAAUGAAAAGGGUGGGGGUUGUUCUGAGAAACCCAGACAGAGAGAGAGAGAGAGAGAGAGAGAGAGAGAGAGAAAGAUUUUUAUAUUUUGCUAUGCAUGCACAAAUCCAACCUCAAAUGUUAGAAGAACAAUCCCCAUUUGUUUCAUCAAAUUCCAGAGUCUGGUAAGAAAGGUUUUGUUGCGUCUACAAUGUUCUAGACUCUGUAUGUGCUUGGAUUUGGAGGCUGUGACGAUGGGUCCAGCAAUCCUCCGUGUCUGAAAGCUUAACCCUGAAGAUGGGUGUUCUGCCUCAACACUUUCAUAACAACGAGCAACUAAGUUUCCAAUUUCAGGACCAGGACUCAUCAUCAACUCAAUCAACUGGUCAAUCUGACCCUGAAGUGGCUAGUGCUGAAGACUGCAAUCUUUAUGGGAAAACUUUAAUUUCCGCAUCAUCAGGAGGUAACGGAACUCAUGGGAAGCUUGUAGGAAAUCAUGCUAAAUUAGCCUAUGUAAUGGGAACCCAGGACCAUGUCUUUCCUCCUUCACAAGUCGAUUAUAGCAAACCAGUCGCUCACAUUCCACACCAUUAUGCCAACCCAUACUUUGGCAGUGUAGCGGCUACUGCUUAUGGAUCACAAGCUAUGCAGAUUCAUCAUGCUCAUAUGAUGGCUAUGCUUCCUGCUCGAGUUCCGCUGCCACUGGAUCUUAAAGAAGGUGAACCGAUUUAUGUUAAUGCAAAGCAGUAUCAUGCUAUUCUCCGGCGAAGACAAUAUCGUGCAAAGCUCGAGGCACAGAACAAACUCAUAAAAGUUCGAAAGCCAUAUAUGCAUGAGUCUCGACAUCUUCAUGCGAUAAAACGAGCUAGAGGAAGUGGUGGGCAAUUUCUCAACACAAAGAAACUCCAAUCCAAAAGCUCUGCGACAAGCCACGGACCGGACAUGUCCAGGUCUCCUCAGCUGCAUUUGUCUGCAAACAUCUCUGUAACAGAUGUUCAUCAGCCAGAAAAUUUUAAAGAUUCUGGUUCGGCUACCUCUUGCUCUGAUGUCACAAGUGCCUCCAACAGUGAUGAAAUAUUUCAGCAGCCAGAUUUCAGGUUCUAUAGCUAUCCUCCCGAUCAUACUGGUGAAGCCAUGCCGGGUCCUGCUGGCAAUAUCCUGCUCUCUUCCGAUAGACGAGCGAACUGAUUCUUGUCUGCGCAGUCUGUAUUUGAUGAUACUGCGAUGAAAAUACGGCUGCUCUGUUCCUCUGGGAAGUCAUCCUUGGCUCUGUUUAAUUAUAUUUGGACCGUCAUCACAGACUUACAAAACCACCAACAUAUUGGUCAAAAUUAUUAACUGCAUGCCUUGCUGUACAUUUGAGCUUGAAUUCAAUAUGUCAACUCUCAAUAAACCUUAUAUAUAUAUGUAGCUUAAAUUUGCAUAAGUUAAA